AGAGAGUUUAAAUUGGGAACUGGGAAGGGAUUGGUAGAACAUCUCCUGCUGUAGCCUGUGUGUGCAGAGUCCUCCUCUUCUGCCUGGGCACUGGAGAUACAAAGCCAAAAAUAAGACAGCCUCUACUCCGAGAGCUUACUUACGUGUUAUUGGAACGAAGACAGCAGGCCUCUAUUUUGUUCUUCUGACCUAUUGAGUACAAUCAGCUGUUAUCCUAAAGCACUUUAAUACCACAAUUCUAAGCUGUGGAAAAUGGCGGACGUUCUGAAUGGUGAACCCUAUCCUUCCACUCCACAGGAGCUGUUCAAAAGCAUAGCAGCUCAAGGAGAAAUUGUCCGAUCAUUAAAAGCAGAAAAAGCACCAAAGGAUGAAAUUGAAUCUGCUGUAAAGCAAUUAUUGUCACUAAAAAUAAACUACAAAGAAGUUACAGGACAGGAUUAUAAUGCCGAUUCUCCUCCCACAAACUCCAGACCUAACAAGAGCGAAGAGCCUGGGACCACUGAAGGCGAAGAGGAUUUUGUAGAUCCUUGGACUGUGCAGACCAGCAGUGCCAAAGGCAUCGACUAUGACAAGCUCAUAGUUCGAUUCGGAAGCAGCAAGAUUGACAAAACACUGAUAGAUCGAAUUGAGAGGGUCAUAGGACAAAAACCACAUCAUUUCCUGCGUAGAGGCAUCUUUUUCUCUCACAGGGACAUGAACAACAUUCUUGAUGCAUAUGAAAAUAAGAAGCCAUUCUAUCUUUAUACAGGCAGAGGGCCCUCUUCUGAAGCAAUGCAUGUAGGUCAUCUCAUCCCAUUUAUUUUCACAAAGUGGCUGCAAGAUGUAUUCAAUGUUCCCCUGGUUAUCCAGAUGACUGAUGAUGAAAAAUACCUCUGGAAAGAGCUAACACUUGAGCAAGCAUAUGGCUAUACAAUAGAAAAUGCAAAGGAUAUCAUAGCCUGCGGUUUUGAUAUAAAUAAAACUUUCAUCUUCUCUGACCUGGAAUACAUGGGGUCAAGUCCAAGUUUCUAUAAGAAUGUGGUCAGAAUCCAGAAGCAUGUCACCUUUAAUCAAGUAAAGGGCAUCUUUGGCUUCACUGACAGUGAUUGCAUUGGAAAGAUUAGUUUUCCUGCUAUCCAAGCUGCCCCGUCCUUCAGCAACUCAUUUCCACAGAUUUUCAAAGAUAGGACGGAUAUCCAGUGUCUUAUUCCAUGUGCCAUAGACCAGGAUCCUUAUUUUAGAAUGACAAGAGAUGUGGCCCCAAAGAUUGGCUAUCCCAAACCAGCCUUGCUUCAUUCAUCCUUUUUCCCAGCUCUGCAAGGAGCCCAGACUAAAAUGAGUGCCAGUGACCCCAAUUCUUCCAUCUUCCUUACUGACACAGCCAAGCAGAUCAAGAACAAGGUCAACAAACAUGCAUUUUCUGGAGGUAAAGACACUGUAGAGGAACACAGACAGCUUGGGAACUGUGACAUUGACGUGUCUUUCAUGUACCUCACCUUCUUUCUGGAGGAUGAUGACAAACUCGAGCAGAUAAGACAGGAUUACACAAGUGGAGCUAUGCUCACUGGAGAGCUAAAGAAGAUGCUUAUUGAAGUGCUGCAGCCACUGAUUGCCAAUCACCAGGCCCGGCGCAAAGAGAUUACAGAGGACAUUGUGAAACAGUUUAUGACUCCAAGGAAGCUGUUCUAUGACUUUCAGUAACAUAGAUCAUAUGGACGUCUGGGUUUAUAUAUACACAAAUUCAUCAGUAAAUAUCUGCCUGAUUGUAUUGCUAUCACCCAUAGUCAUCUAUCAACUGUUAAAUAUCCUAUUUAAUUGAGACUGAGAGUUGGGAGGAACCUCUUGCAAAUUCUGUCUACAGCAUCCUUGACAAGUGGUGAUUAUCUUACCUUAUUGUCUGUAAGCCCUAUGUUACCAUGUUUCUUCCUGUGAAUUAGCGUGUACCAGCUUAAUGUGGAAAAAUUCCAUACCAUGUAAUAGUAUGUAGGCAAAAUAAAGAAUUCUAGAAGUUCAUUUCUACUACAAAAUAAAUGAAAGAAUAUGGUUUGAAGUGUUUGAAGAAAGUCGAUCAUCCAUUACCUGGUAAUCCAAGCAUUUAAAUUCACAGCAUGUUGAGAAAGGUAUGGUUUAUUAAGUGUGCAGAUGCUCAUAUUUUUUACCUAAACUAUGUCUAUCUAUGAUUUACAUUUGGUACAGAUACUGAAAAUGUCCAUUUCCAGUCUUCCUCAGUGUUCUGAAUCAAUUCUUUUAUAUCCAACUUUGGGCAAAAAUGUAAAUUGAUGUGUAGCUAGAAUCAAAACUCCAUUCCUGCUGAGUUAAAAAGUUACUUAGGAAAUCAGUAUUGGCAUUUAGUGAGUUUAAUUCUGGUGCAUGCUACUUAAGCAGAGAAUCUGCCUUCCCCUAGUACUAACAAAAAACUUUGCAAUAUGUUUGUCUCAGCUGACUUGAGAGAAAACCUUGACACAGCUCUGGUAUUGUGGGUGAUGCUUCAAAUAUCGCACUACCAGUUCUUAUGAAAUUAUCAAGUUCUUUAUUGGUAAAUUUUUCCAUUUUGUUUCCUUAAGCUGAUUUGUGCUCUCCUGCCCAUGGCUCUAUUCCAGAAAUCAUGCUUUCUUAACUAUGAUUUUCCAGUAUUUCUAAACCAAAGAAUCAGAGAAAUUUCACACUCCAUUUAUGACAAAGGAAAUAUGAAAUGAUUUUGUCAUUUUGAUUUUGAUACAUAAAAUGCUGAAAAAAUGA